AUGGCUGACAAAGCAGAAUUCUAUGCCCCUGAAGGCCUCCAGGCCUGGCUUCGUGCUGCCAUAGCAGGCUUGUUGCCCAAAGCCCUCACAACCUUCCGCGGUGACGCCCUACUGGAUCCUCUGGACCCAGCACCCGGCACUUCAGUUGCUCAGGCAUCUGACUCAGGGGACUCCCUCCGCUCUGAAAAUAUGGUCUGCGCACGCAAAAGGCCUUGGACAGGCCAUGGCGCUCCCACCGACAAAGGGAAGAUGCCGGCCAAAUUUGUAAGGAUGACGUCUGACUUUGGUUGCCACCCGGUGGAUGAGGGUUAUAAUGCUAGAUUAGUACCGGGCUGA